AUGUGGUGGCCCUUUGCUGUGGCAUGUUUCCUUCAUGUCAUUGGGAAUGUCCAUUGUGUCUUUCCAGAAGUCCGCCCAGACAACCCAGAAGCUGUAAUGAAUGUUAGCCAGAUGAUUUCCUACUGGGGCUACCCCAGUGAAGAGUAUGAAGUUACAACUGAAGAUGGUUACAUACUUACAAUUAACAGAAUUCCACAUGGAAAAACAGAUGGCCAUCAUUCAGGCAGGAGACCUGUUGUAUUUCUCCAACAUGGUUUUCUCAUGAGUGCCAGCUGCUGGAUUACCAACCUUCCAAACAAUAGCUUGGGCUUCCUCCUGGCUGACGCCGGUUAUGAUGUAUGGUUGGGGAACAGCCGGGGGAAUGUUUGGUCCCGAAAGCAUGAGUAUUUAUCACUAGACUCCAAAGAAUUCUGGGAGUUCAGUUUUGAUGAAAUGGCUAGAUAUGACCUUCCAGCCUCAAUUGACUACAUUGUGAAAAAAACUGGACAGAAGAUAUAUUAUGUGGGCCAUUCUCAAGGCACCUUCAUUGGUUUCCUGGCAUUCUCUACCUUACCCAAGUUGGCUCAGAAAGUCAAAGCUUUUCAUGCCUUAGCUCCGGUCUUUUCUAUUCAGCAUGUCAGAAGUCUUCCUUUUAAGCUGCUUUUUAGGUUGCCCAAGUUACUGUUCAAGCUUUUAGUGGGUGACAAGGACAUUCUGCCUGAGACUGCCAUCAGCAAGUUUCUGGCCACUGAAGUAUGUAACAAUGAAAUAACUGGUAUUAUCUGUGGCAAAAUUGUCUUCAGUUUGUUUGGAUUUGAUCCAGAAAACUUAAACAUGAGUCGAAUUGAUGUCUACUUGUCACAUAGCCUGCAGGGAACAUCCAGCCAGAACUUUGUCCAUUACUACCAGAAUUUUCACGACAUUCGAAAUGUUACACGAGCUUUUGACUGGGGGACUCGAAAAGAGAACCUGGCUCACUAUAAUCAGCCUACUCCUCCAAGGUACACCCUGUUGUCUAUGAGAGUGCCAACCGCACUGUGGAGUGGUCAGCGAGAUUUGUUGGCUGACCCAGAAGAUGUCGCCAUCUUAGUCCCACAAAUCCCCAACCUGAUUUACCACAAGACUCUGCCUACAUACAAUCAUUUGGAUUUUGUUUUUGGUGUUAAUGCACCUGAAGAUGUUUAUAACGGAAUGAUUGAGAUGAUAAAGAAAACUCCAUAA